AUGGCGGUGAAGCCUGAUUUUAGAAAUGGACCUCAGGUUGAAGCUACUGUGAGGUUGGUGAAUGGCAAUAAUUCAUGUUCUGGACGAGUGGAGGUUCUUUAUGAUAAUAUAUGGGGAACAGUGUGUUCAGAUGACUGGGAUUUAUUAGAGGCUGCAGUGGCGUGCAGAAAUCUGGGCUGUGGAGAUGCUAUUGAGGUACAUUUUAAUGCAACUUUUGGAGAAGGCACAGGACAAAUAUGGUUGGAUGAUUUAGCUUGUGAUGGCACUGAGUCAUCAUUUUCAUCCUGUGGAGGACCGCCAUGGGGAGUAAACAACUGUGGACAUAGCCAAGAUGCUGGAGUCAUUUGUCAAGCCUCUGUUAGGUUAGUAAACGGCUUCAGCUCUUGUUCUGGACGAGUGGAGGUUCUUCAUGAUGGGAUAUGGGGAACAGUGUGUUCAGAUUACUGGGAUCUAUUAGAUGCUGAAGUGGCGUGUAGAGUACUGGGGUGUGGAGAUGCUACUGAGGUAAAGACUGAUGCAUAUUUUGGGGAAGGUUCAGGACAGAUAUGGCUGGAUGAUUUAGCUUGUGAUGGCACUGAGUCCACAUAUUCAUACUGUGGAGGACCACCAUGGGGAUCAAACAACUGUGGACAUAGUCAAGACGCUGGAGUCAUUUGUCAAAGUUAUUCAUCUGUUAGGUUGGUGAAUGGUGAUAACUCAUGUUCUGGACGAGUGGAGGUUCUUUAUAAUGAGACAUGGGGAACAGUAUGUAAAGAUUCCUGGGACUCUACUGAUGCUGCAGUGGUGUGCAAAGAGUUGGGAUGUCCUACCGGUGCUGAAGCAAAACUAUAUACUUACUUUGGACCUGGUGUGGGACCAAUAUGGAUGGAUGAUGUUCAGUGCACUGGGACUGAAUUAUCACUCAAUGAGUGCAGCUUUCUUGGAUGGGAAUCACACACUUGUGAUCAUUCAGGUGAUGCUGGAGUCAUCUGUCGAGAUAUUAGGCUGGUAAAUGGAUCUAAUGUGUGUUCUGGAAGAGUGGAGGUUUUAUAUAAUAAUCAAUGGGGAACCGUCUGUGAUGCUGGCUGGGAUUUAACAGAUGCUGCAGUGGUGUGUAAGAGCAUGGGUUGUGGGACUCCUGUAGCAGCAAAGACUGGAGCUUUCUUUGGUCAGGGUUCAGGACCUGUGUGGCUGGAUGGUCUGAGUUGUUCUGGGUAUGAGCCAACAGUGAGAAAUUGUCUAUCAAAUGCAAUAGGAACAAGCACCUGCAGCCAUGGACAAGAUGCUGGAGUCAUCUGUAGAAGUGUGAAGCUGGUUGAAGGUCCUAAUCCAUGUGAUGGUAGAGUUCAGGUUCUUUAUAAUAAUCACUGGGGUGGAGUUUGUCACACUGGCUGGGGUCUCGAAGAAGCUGCAGUUUUAUGUAAAGCUCUGGGCUGUGGUGACACUGGAGAGCCACAGUCAUUUGUUGGUCCAUUUCUUGGACCAAUAUGGAUGGAUAAUCUUGCAUGUAAAGGAAAUGAGGUGCUUCUACGGGACUGUCUAUUUACUGGGUAUGGUGUUAGCAGUUGUGCAGAUGGACUUUACGCUGGAGUUGUUUGCAACAGUUUUGUGAGAAGAGGGGUGGUGAGGAUUGUGGUUACAGCUGAGAGUGGCUUUAAUGUCAAUGACCUGAAUAUCAUGAAAAACUUUAUGGACAAGAUAAACAAUUUGGUUAAAAUUAAAGGAGAUUAUUUUGUAAACUGGAAAACACAGUCUGAUGGAAAAGUAUUUAAAGAAAUAAGAACAUUACAGGUCUUAACUGAAUGCAAUAGAGAAAACCCCUAACUAUUUAUAAUAAUAUGAUGGUAAUCUUUGUAGGUUUACUUUUUGCUUUACUGACUGUAAUCCAUCAGAUACAUUUUGUCUUGUAAAUAAUGUAUAUCAUGAAAUUGUAUGAACUGUACCAAUGUAGAAUCAGAAAGGAAGAAAUUGUAUUACCCCUAAAAAUAAAAAAACAUA